AUAAAUGGCACCGCUGUCGAUGAGUACUGGCUGUUGGUGUGCAACAUAGAUAGUAAGCUUUCAAGCCCAGUGGAAACCCACUUCUCUAAGAAUGGACUCGGAUUUGAAAAUGUUAAGUUCCCCAACCACUUUUUACCCAUUUCAAGUGUCACUCAUCCCAACCAUCUCUGUCGUCGCCGUCAUCGGAUACGAUGAUCACAAAGAUCUCGACGUGCCGCACUGGAUGCCAUCGGGGGUGUAUGCAAGCAAACAUUUACAUCCACACAAUCUGGCACAAUCCUGUACAAUCACACACAUUUGCAUAUGUGUGCUAUUAGCUAGUCUCAUUCUCGUGCUGAGAUUAAUAUUGUCUCGAUUAGUUCAGAUGAUUUCACGCAACCUCUGCCAUUCUGUGAAGAGUCGGGUUUCACUGGGAAAUUCUAAGCUUCAAGCUGAAGCUCUUUCUUAACUUGAGACUUGUUAUGAUUCUGAGCCAACGUGGUCUCAUGUGGCUCAGUACUGGUUGUCCUACAUGUGUAGGGCCACCGCAUCAAUUAAUCAGGCC